AUUAACGUUAACGGCAACAGCGAAUGCUAUUUCAUCUCGGAUGAAGAUUUAGGUUUGGGGGUUUGCUCAGUGUCGGUUGUAUUUUUAAUAGCGUGAGACGCGGUUGCUAAACGCGCAUGAGUUUUCGCUUCCCGGUCAAAACGUCGUCAAGUGUUCAUUCACGUUAACUUUUUGUAUUUUUCCUCAACUCAUUAAAAUUUUGUUUACAUUGUCGGUUAAAACGUAUUUUUAAUUGAAAAAUGAACAAUCUAAAACAUAUUACACUUCAAAUGGAUAAGAUGGAUGCUGAUAAAUUAAAAAAUCAAGGUAUUCACAACGAGGCUAUUGACGACAUCGAUGGACGUGUGCGUCGUAUACCACGAGCAGUUCCUGAAACUGAUGACGAUGAAAAUGACGAUCGUCCUUAUACAGAUGGCAAUAAUGUUGGUGUUGACGAUGGUCUUCUAGCCGAUGAUGAGAAGCGAGGCGGCAGUCGGGGUGGAAGUGUUGUUCCUUUUGCAAAAUCUCCCCUGCCAAAUGGAGGACCAAGUCGAAGCUUUCCAUAUCCCGGCUAUAAUGGUAACGGGUUCGUGAACAUCAAUGGCGUGCAGACGCCAAUACCAGAUGUUAAUACGUAUCAGCAUAAGAAGACACUGGCAAAGGGUAUGAUGGACUUGGCGCUGCUCUCGGCAAAUGCGAAUCAACUGCGUUAUGUGCUGGAGACAAAACAACAACAUCCAUAUUUUUAUCCCAGUUUAUUGUUCAUUUCGUUGAGCAUCAUAUUCCAGAUUGCCGUAGGCGUCGGACUUAUAUGGAUUAGCAGAUACAAUAUCAAGAACGAGAAGGAAAUCUGUCGUGCGAACCGAAUUAAUAAUUACACAGUCAUUGGCAUUUUCAUUGUAACCGUUGUCAAUGUGUUAAUCUCGGCGUUUACAACAGCGUGAAUUCAAUGCGGUCUGCGUCAAGUCAACAGGGCAGAAGACUGACAAACAAAAUAAGUCACACAGACUGGAAUUAUCAAUGGUUUAAACAAAUCCGUAGAGAAAUUCGAAUUCAGUCAGCUCACCAGUUAAUGCUGCUAACAUAAAAAUAAACAGUAUUUGGCUGGAUCUCAAAAUGAAUUCAGUGUCUAUCGCCAUCAACAA